AUGGACCGGGACCACAAUGACCCAGAGAAGAGCGCCCAGGUUCACACCAUCGACAACAUCCGCGUUUUGGGCCUCAGUGACGCCGAUGCCGACUUUUACGCAAACUUUUCCCCUGCUCAAAGGAAGAAGGUUAUCCGCAAGGUCGACGUCCGCUUGGUCCCUAUGCUCGCAGUCUUGUACCUGAUUUCCCAUUUGGACCGAGCAAACAUCGGCAAUGCCAAAAUUGAGGGUCUCGCAGAUGACUUGAACCUCGUUGGAAACCAAUGGAACAUUGUGCUCAGUCUCUUCUUCAUCCCCUACAUCCUUCUCGAAAUUCCGAGCAACAUCCUCCUCAAGAACUUCAAGAGGCCUUCCGUUUAUCUCGGAACUCUCGUCACCAUCUGGGGAGUCAUCAUGACUCUGCACGGCGUCGUCAAAGGCUUCGGUGGUCUCUUGGCUGUCCGCAUGCUCUUGGGUGUCUUUGAAGCCGGUUUCUAUCCCGGAGCCGUGUACCUCUGCACCUUUUGGUACAUGCCCAAGGACCUCGCCACACGAAUUGCCUACUUCUACUGCACCAGCGCUCUUUCAGGUGCUUUCUCCGGUCUGCUGGCUGCCGGAAUCGCCAAGAUGGACGGUGUCGGAGGCUAUGAGGGCUGGCGCUGGAUCUUCCUUCUGGAAGGUAUUGUCACAGUCCUUCUGGGCGUGUCUUGCUUCUUCCUCCUGAUCGACUCUCCCGCUCUUUCAACCCGCUGGUUGACCCCCGAAGAGAUUCGCUUCCUCGAGCUCCAGAGCUUCGUCAAGCAGGGUGGUCGCUUCGCCGAUGAGAACCCCGAGAAGAAGUUUGACUGGUACGACAUGAAGAUGGUCCUCAAGAACUGGCGCCUGUACAUGCAAGCCUACAUUCUUCUCUGCAUCAGCGCUUGCUCCUAUGGGACAAAGUUCACGUUGCCUUCAAUUGUCAAGGCCAUGGGAUUUACAAACACAAACGCACAAUUAAUGACUGUCCCAGCUUACGUGGCUGGUGCCCUUUCGUCGGUCUUCUUCUCUCGUCUAUCCGAUCACUUCCAUUGGCGUAUGCCUUUCGUUGCAGUUCCUUUGGGUCUUAUUGCAAUCGGUUACUCGGUCAUUAUGGGCUUUCAAGGAUAUCUUGGAGGAAGCCACAUUGGCCCAGGAUACUUUUCGCUUGUUCUCACAUGCAUUGGCAUCUACCCCGUGCAACCCGCGGGCAGCAGUUGGGCCGCCAACAACCUCGCCCCAGCAAGUCGACGAUCUAUUGGCGUUGCUUUUAACAUCUGCAUUGGAAAUAUAGGAGGGAUCAUAGGGUCGUAUAUGUAUUUGGACAGUGAAGCCCCCAAGUAUCAGACUGGCUUUGGUCUGUCCUUGGCCUUCGGCGCGUCGGGAGUCCUCGUGGCCCUCCUCCUGGAGUUGAGCUACAAGUGGGGCAAUACGAAGAAGGACAAGUUGUCAGAGGAUGAUAUCCGGGCUCAGUACAGCGAGUCGGAGCUGAUGAAACUCGGAGACAAGAGCCCUCUGUUCAAGUACACUCUGUAA